AUCAACACUCGAUUACAUGAAAACAUACAUAAGUUUUUUUAAUGGUGUUUUGAGUAUGAGAGUAUCUUUAGGUCCUAGUUUGAUGAUGGUUUUUUUCUUUUUCAUGGGAGGCUUAAGAUUCGAUGAGGUUAUUGUCUAUGGACACAAACAUUCACUACAUCUUGAACUGAAGUCAGUGUUUUUCUGAAUGUCUUGUAGUUUGAAUUCUGACAAAAGAAGGUCUAAAUCUCGCAAUGUUGCCAAACCCCUUGAAGAUGCUCAUGCUGAAGAAAGGCCGUAUGCAAAGAUAGCCUUGAAGUUCUAUAAUGAACACGCGCAAGCAAAUUAUAAGCUUAUGGAGCCUGGUGACAGGAGAACUGUUGCUGUUGUAAGAGGCUUGAUCCACCAUAUCAACUUCACUGCUAAGAAGAAAGAUGUUGCUGAUGCUCCGGUGGAGAUGUUUUUUGCUGAACUGACCACAACCGGCCCUGGGAUUCGCCGUGCUACCACUUGCCAAUGCUUGGGUCCGGAAAAGGAUCUCUCAGGUCUGUACCUUGUAAUGAAAGUUUGUUUAAUGUGUUUCCAUUUGUCCAGUACCACUGCCAUAUAUGUUUAUGUUUGCUGAUGGACUUUCAAACCUCUUAUGUUUGGUAAUUUCGAUGAACUUGUCUUGCAGAGGGUAAAGCCAAAAUCAAUAGCUGCUGCUAUUUUUGUAUGGAUUACAAUAUUUAUCAUCCUAGAUGUGGAGGAUUCAAGACUGGCCUGGAGAACAAUGGUGAUAUAUAUUUCUAAGGAGCGUGAACGACUCAAUGAUUUCUUGGCUAUGUUGUCCAGGAACUACUUUUAAUGACCAUAAUACUGUGGGUAUCUAUGAUUUAAUUGAAGUUAUGUUUCAACUUUGAAGCAUGCCUGGUUUUCUAGUUUGGCUAGUUGCCUUCAAAAGAUUAUCUUGGCUCUGUGCUAGGACAUAGUAGUAGACUCUAGAGUAUUUGCGGUAGUAUCAGUUGUAUCUCUCAGACUAAUUUUACUUCUUACAUCAAAUAAUGUAUUUUACAAUGCAUUAUUUGACCAAACAUCUCUAUAAUGAU